AUGCCUGCGGCGCAGCAGCGGCUGGAGGGGGGAAUGAGCCGCGAGCAGGCGGAGUUUGAGGCGAGCGUACGGGGGAAGAAGAAGGCGGAAGGCGGGCAGGCGGAAGGGGGAGGGGCGGAGGACCAGCGCCUGUCGCAGCUGGAGCAGGCGCACAUGCGCGCAAGGGGGAUAGUGGAGGCGGAGGGGGGAGAUGAAGGGGAAGGGGAGGCGGAAGGGGAGGGGGAAGGGAAGGUGGAGGCUGAGGGAGAAGGGGAAGCGGGGGUGAGCACAGGGAAGAAACCUGAUGGAAAGGGUUUAAUCGGGGUUGAGGGUUUAGCGGGGACUAGCGGAAGUUUGGGCUUGGCGGAGAAGCGCAAAGGGGGAGCGCGGAAGGAGGGCGCGGGGAAGCAAGGGGGAGGGAAGGAUAACGCUGGGGGGGCUGUGGGUGGGGGUGGUAAGGAAGGGAGAGAGGAAAAGGGGGAUGGAGAGGUGGGGAGUGAAGCGGGAGAGAGUGUGGAGGGGGAGAAUGAGGCGAUGAGCGUGGAGUGGAGUGAGGGAGAGAGUGAGGGAGAGAGUGAGGGAGCGAGUGAGGGAGAGAGUGAGGGAGAGAGUGAGGAGCCACCAGAGAGCCCUAAGGACAUAGGUACACGCGGCUUUAAUCUCCUUAACGCUGCUCUCAGGAAGACUUACGACAAGGCAGGAACAGCAGGAGGAGGGAAGGGAGAAGGGAAGGGGGGAGGGAAAGGGGGGGAUAAGGCAGUGGAAGCAGGGAAAUCGGCAGGGAAAGGUGAAAGGCCAGGAGCAGGAGGAGGAAGCGGAGGAGGCAAAGCUGCUUCAGCUCCUGCGUUUGCGCCUCUGAGUGCUAUAAAGGCAGCAGCUCUUAGGGAGGCGGAGCGACUGGCUGGCAAAGGGAAACAAGGACUAGCAGCAGGUAAGAAACUUGGGGGAGUGGAGGAGGAGGAAGGGAUGGAAGUGGGAGAGGAGGGGACGAACAGGGUGCCUGAAAGGGGGAGGGUGAGUGAGGUUGGAAGAGGGUCGGAACAAGAGAGGCAGUCAGAGGGGCUAAGUAAAGGUGGGGACACCAGCAGAGAUCUUUUGAGGGACAGGAUAAAGCGUGUGAGCACUAAAGGGAAGAAGAAGGCCGGAGGUAGAGGUUCGGGAGUGGCGGAUAUCUUCCCAGACGAAGCAGGUCCGGGAAAUGGAGGUUCGGCCCGGGCCGUGCCUCGGGAGGUCCGGUUUGCGGAUUUCGGAGGAAUCGACGGGGUGGUGGAGCAGGUUCGGGAGCUUAUUCUGUACCCGCUGGCUCAUCCGGAGCUGUACGCUUGGCUCGGCGUCGAACCUCCGAGAGGAGUUUUGCUGCACGGCCCUCCUGGGUGUGGCAAGACGAUGCUGGCCCAUGCCAUUGCCAGGGAGGCAGGAGUACCAUUCUUCAAGGUCGCUGCUCCGGAAAUUGUUUCGGGCAUGUCAGGUAAGGAAGGAGCUAAACAGGUGAUCUCCACUCCAUUAAAGCAGCAGCAGAGGGUGCUGCAGCACGGCCCUUCUGGGUGUGGCAAGACGAUGCUGGCCCAUGCCAUUGCCAGGGAGGCAGGAGUACCUUUUUUCAAGAUCGCUGCUCCUGAGAUCGUCUCCGGCAUGUCAGGUAAGUCAAGAGUUGGCCUCAACCAUGUUGGUGCGACUUUUGCUCCAGAAUUCUCAAAAGUCGCGCCAUCAAGAGUUGGCUCCAAGGCCCUCAACCUCAACGCAAGGUUGGCGUAUUCAAGGGUGGUUAUGUGGUUCCGAGGCUGGCCUUCUGGGUGUGGCAAGACGAUGCUGGCCCAUGCCAUUGCACGGGAGGCGGGAGUACCAUUCUUUAAGAUCGCUGCUCCUGAGGUCGUCUCGGGCAUGUCAGGUGAGUCGGAGGCCAAGCUACGGUCGCUCUUCUCCUCGGCUGAAAGGGCUGCUCCGGCCAUUCUGUUCAUAGAUGAAAUCGAUGCCAUCACACCCAAGAGGGAGACGGCACAGCGGGAGAUGGAGAGGCGGAUUGUGGCUCAGCUGCUGACGUGUCUGGACGACCUCCAAUCAUCUCCUGACGCGUCAGCAGGGGGAGGGGAUGGGGAGAAGGCAGGGGAUGGGAGAGAGGAGGAGAAGGAGAAGGAGCAGGGGAAAGGGAUGGAGGAAACGGAGAAGGAUCAGGAGGAGAGGGAGAGAGAGCGGGAGGAGAGGGAGAAGGAGAGGAGGAGGAAGCUAAAAGGGCAUGUGGUAGUGAUAGGGGCAACCAACCGUCCAGAUUCAUUGGAUCCUGCUUUAAGACGGGCGGGCAGAUUUGAUCGCGAGAUCUCCCUUGGGAUCCCCGAUGAGUCAGCGCGGGCCCGGAUUCUUGAGGUACUUUCCAGGAAGCUGCGGCUGGAGGGGUCGUUUGAUUUCAGGGUUAUUGCGCGGCGUACCCCGGGGUUUGUCGGGGCGGACCUGGCGGCUCUUGCGAAAGAGGCGGCUGCGAUUGCGGUGAAGAGGAUUUUUACGAGUAAGGAAGCGGUGCUGGUGGGUGGUGGGGGAUUGGGGGGAGCAGCAGGAACAGGAAUGGCAGCGAUAGCAGGAGUAGGGGGGGCAGGAGUGGAAGGGACUGGGGUACGGGAAGGUGCGGCAGGUGUUUCAGCAGCAGCAGCAGCAGCAGCAGGCGAUGGUGAUUGUAUGAUGAUGGAUGGGGAAGUGAAUGUUCCUAUGGUGAAUGGGGAGGAGGGAGAGGCGCAGAAAAAAAGUGAAGGCGAGAGGAGUCGGGGAGGGGAGGAAGGUGGGCCCGGAGCGGAAAAGCAGGGCGAGGCUGGGGGAGAGGAGGGGAGGGAGAAAGCAGGGAGAGGAGAGGUGGAGAGGGGGAUAACAGGGGGAGGGGAGGCUUGGAGGGAGCCGUGGAAGGAGGAGGAGCUGCAGGCGCUGAGCAUCACAAUGGGUGACUUUGAGAGAGGAGCUGCAAGCAUUGGGCGGGCAUCACAAUGGAUGGGGGACUUUGAGGCAGCAGUGGCGAAGGUCCAGCCGAGCGCCAAGAGUGAGGGAUUCGCCACCAUCCCCGGGGCCGCAGUUUCCAAGUUACAGCCGAGUGCCAAGAGGGAGGGAUUCACCACCAUCCCCGGGGCGGCAGUCUCCAAGGUGCAACCGAGCGCCAAGAGGGAGGGAUUCACCACCAUCCCUGGAGUCACCUUGGACGACGUUGGUGCUCUAGGAGAUGCUGUAGACCUCUUCUUCUUCCCUCUCACCACUCUCUGCCACUCUCCGCCGCUCUGUACCCCUCUCUACCCUGCAGGCAGCAGUGGCGAAGGUGCAACCAAGCGCCAAGAGGGAGGGAUUCACCACCAUCCCUGGAACUUCUUGGUUGCAAUAACAACCCUGAGUGAUGACAUGAACAAGUUAUCUUCCCUCUCAUCACUAUGUACCGCUCUCUACCUCUCUGUACCACUGCAGGCAGCAGUGGCGAGGGUGCAACCGAGCGCCAAGAGGGAGGGAUUCACCACCAUCCCUGGGGUCACCUGGGACGACGUUGGUGCUCUGGCAGACGUGCGGGAGGAGCUGGAGUUCUCCAUUUCUCGGCCAAUCAAGUACCCUGAGGAGUAUGAGGCCAUGGGGCUCCGAGCAGCAACGGGCAUUCUCCUCUACGGCCCGCCAGGGUGUGGCAAGACUCUGGUGGCCAAGGCGAUUGCGAACGAUGCCGGAGCAAAUUUCAUCUCUAUCAAGGGACCAGAGCUGCUGAACAAGUACGUGGGCGAGAGCGAGCGGUCGGUGCGGCAGCUGUUUGUGAGGGCAAGGGCAUCAUCUCCCUGUGUGCUCUUCUUUGACGAGAUGGACGCAAUGGCUCCAAGGAGAGGGUCGGACGGCAAUGGAGCAGCAGAGAGAGUGGUCAACCAGCUUCUAACGGAGAUGGAUGGGCUUGAGUCACGCAAAAGCGUCUACAUCAUCGCUGCCACCAACAG